AUGGAAAGGAAAACUUUGGAGAAGAAAGAGAGGAUGUUAGGCGAAGAACAUACCGACACGCUCACCUCCGUGGCCAAUUUGGCCUCCAUCUACAUGGAGCAACAUAAGUACGAAGAGGCAAAGACACUGCUGGUACGAGUCAUGGGCAUGAAGAAACGACAACUGGGAUUAAGACAUCCCGAGACGCUCUCCUCCAUGAGCAACCUGGCAUCCCUGUAUCUCCUGCAAGACAAAUGGAAACCCGCAGAGCAAUUAUGGAGGUCCAUAAUACCAAUGAUGGCGGAGAAAUUAGGCAAAGACCAUCCACACACUCUCACAUGCAUGGCUUCGUUAGCUACGGCAUACAGCAAUCAAGGCCAGUACCAAGCAGCAGAAGAAUUGCUGAACGAAGUUGUCAAGACAAGGAGGACAUUAUUUGGCGUGGAGGAUAUAGGAACUCUCUCAUCAAUAGAGAAACUAGCCUUGGUACUCAUGAAACAAGGCCAGUAUCAGGAGGCGGAGAAGUUUCUAGAGCAAGUGACAGAGGCACAUGAGAGGCUUCUGGGGAAAGAGCAUCCCGACACACUCCCGUCGAAAGCGAAUCUUGCUCUCAUUUAUGAUAAUCAGGGUCGAUAUGAGGAAGCAUAG